AUGCCUUCUGAAUCAGGUCACAGAUUAUAUGUCAAGGGUCGCCACCUUUCAUAUGUCAGGAACAAGCACACCACCCACCCUGGCACAAGCUUGAUCAAGAUUGAGGGUGUUGAUGACCCCAAGGCUGCCAACUUCUACCUUGGCAAGCGUAUCGCAUAUGUCUACAAGGGCCAGAAGGAGGUCCGUGGCACCAAGAUCCGAGUCAUCUGGGGCAAAGUGACUCGUCCUCACGGCAACUCUGGCGUUGUCCGAGCCAAGUUUUCGACCCCUCUUCCCACCCGUUCAUUCGGCGCUUCUGUUCGCAUUAUGCUGUACCCCUCUUCGAUAUAG